AUGGGGGCAACUGAAAGCAAACUCGUCUUUCGUAAAGGCGUGUUUAGGUUAUUUGAAGAAAGGGCAACCAACGACGAGUAUUGGUCGCAGUAUUGGCUUCUUCCUGAAUCAGCAGACGAUGUUUUCUCUCUUGUGGGCGCGCAGGAUAUUCGACGUGUGAGGGAUCAAGCUAGAGAAAAUUUACAGACAUUGAUAAAUAAGGUCAUUGACCGUUUACUUCGGAUCAUGAGAGCACCAGAUUUCCCAUCAACACAAAAUUCAACCCUACAACUUUUGAAUUGUAUAAGGAUCCUUACUCGGUUAAUACCAUUUAUAUUUGAAUCUGAAGAAAUGGGAGAUUGGGAGGAAAAAUUUUUUUGGACACCUCAACAUAAGAAAGUUAAGAAGAAUCAUAAGACUGAAACGAGCGAAAAUCUCCCACAAAUGCGAAAUGAAGCAACUAACGAGAGUCUGGCAAAAGAAUCAAGCCAGGCAUCACAAACACAAAAUACAGAUUUCGAAACUAUUCCUCCUUUGGGUGAACGAUUGUUAUCGGUAAUAAUUGAUCUCCUCUUUUUGGCGGGAUUCACAUUACCAGCAACUUUGGCAAAAGAUAACGGUCGAAUUAUAUAUGUCAACUGGGAGACAGGUGUAGGUUCUACUAUGCCCAUUGGUUCAUCGAAAGAAAAUGAUUACAAUAAAACGGAAACUUUAAGAUUAUUGCUUGUAUUAAUCUCAAAGUCGAUGUAUAUGUCAGGAGCAACAUAUAUAGGAAAAGAAAACAAAUGGAUCAAAUAUUUAGUGCUUAAAAUCGAUCGCAAGGUCAUUCUUGCACUGCUUUGUAGUUUGCUUAAUACUGCUGUCAAAUAUGAUCCUACGGGAUGGGGUGUACCAUAUAAUCAUGUUGUUUUCGCGGACUCACGUGAAAUGCUCGUGACAAUGUGUCUACAAGUGUUAUUGGUUUUAUUGGAUUACCGCGCUCCUUCAAAUCGGAUCAUAACAAAUGAUUCGACCGCUAGAGAACAGCAACGAACGGGUUCCGUGGAAACAGUCAAGAGGGAAAAGGAAUCGAUAACUCAAUCACCUAAUAAUUUAACAUCUAAUGAAACUAAUGAAACUGCUAGAGUAGCCAACAAUACUCAAGAUAAUACACCAUCUGCAGAUGCUACUUCUAAAGUUACUUCGUCUACACAAAAUACACCGAAGGGACAAAUACCUUCCCAUGUCGAUAAUGCAUUUCGAUAUUAUGCUUCGAAAUUGCAUCGAGCUCAAGAUUUUCAAUUUCUCAUGGAUGGCAUUUACCGUAUUUUGAGUAACCCUAUGCAGGCAAAUAACACAUAUUUGCCAGGUUCAACAAAGCAAGUUCGAUGUCAUCAAGAAAUGAUGAUGCUUUGUUGGAAGUUUAUAGAAAUUAACAAGAGGUUUCGAAAUUACUUGUUGGAGACUGAUAAAGUAUUGGAUUUGCUUGUCGUCCUUUUAUAUUACUCGAUUGAAAAUAAACAAGAUUCAGCACAACUAGGAUUAGUGCGUAUGUGUGCAUUUAUUUUGCAGACAUUGUCAGGUGAUCGUGAUUUUGGCGUGAAAUUAAAUAAACCGUUUGAAAAUCACGGUUCUCUUCCUGCUAAUGUCCGUAUUCAAGCGUUUAAUGGAACUUAUGCGGAUUAUAUGAUUAGUUCAAUAUAUGUUCUUAUAGCAACUACGCGUGGGACGUUGCAUUCACUAUAUCCUGCAUAUGUGUUAACAAUUACUAACGUAUCCCCCUACUUGAAGAAUUUAUCCGUAGUUUCAUCUACAAAAUUAGUCCAUCUAUUUUCACAGUUUACUUCACCCGGGUUUCUGUUAGCUGAAGAAGGAAAUCAUCGAUUGGCCGAAUAUAUGUUGGAAGCAUUCAAUAACAUUAUUCAAUAUCAAUUUUCGGAUAACCCACACCUUAUUUAUGCUAUUUUACGGAGUCCUAAAUGUUUCGAGGAAUUGUCAGAAUUUACUCUUGCAAAAGGUUUGAUUGAAAUAAAAAAGAUUCAAGCCGCAAAAGAACAACGUAAAAAACAGGUACGGAUUGCAGCUAUGGAAAAAACAUCUGAACAAUCAGAAGUUAAGAAUUCACAAGAUGAACCAUCACGGCCGUCGGUGUCAGAUAAUGAAAGUAAUUUAAGUACUCAAAAAGAUGAAGAUCAUGGAGAUGUUAAUGAGAAACCUGAAUUGCAAGCAUCUUCAAAUAUCGAUACUAGCCAAGAUAGUCAAAUAGGUAUAUCUGAUCAAGAUUCAGUGCCAUUAUCUGAAAAAGCCCGUGGUAAAUUACCUGAAGGCGUUACAGCAGAAAGUCGUCGAAAGAGUAAUGAUAGUAUAAAAAGUAAUAAUAUAGUACCGACAUUUGCUGUUGGAAAAUCAGGAUUUGUUCCAACCGAAGAUUGGGUCUCUUCAUGGCAUUCACAUUUUCCUCUUGGAACAAUUCUAAUUUUGCUUGGAGAACUUGUUCCUAAAAUUGAAGAUAUAUGCGUAUCACGAUCCAUCAAUUCAGAUCAGCCUGUUCUAGAAUUUCUCCGAAAGGUAACAAUGGUUGGAAUUCUUCCACCACCACAACCUAUUCUUAUCCGUAAAUUCCAAUGGUCCGAAGCUAGUGUAGUUUGGUUUUCAAGUUUGUUAUGGGGACAAAUUUAUUUAGCUUCUUCAAAUUAUCUUGGUAUAUUUAAUGGCACACAAGUCAAAUUGUUUUUUAUUAAGCCUCCUAUAAGAGAAGGACGCCUGAAAAAUGCUCUUGGAAAUGCAGUUGGUGGAGUUCAAGGAGUUAUCGAUCGUCUUUCUACCGCCAAUCCUGCCAAUCCUGCAAAUCCUACCAAUCCUACAUCUACUACUAUUAGUUCCUAA